CAUCAACUUCAUUUUCUUAAUACUUCCACGACGACGGAUUUCUACAUCCCAUUCCUAAUCUCCUCACGGGGAAUUUGAACCCCUUCGUCCAACAAACCUCUCAAUAAUCGCAAACACAACUCUAACCAUCAUGCCACCACCACCUCCACCGCCGCCCUCGCGGCGCGCCGACUCCAAAGCCUCCGCCGCGUCGAAGGAAGAAAACAUCUACAUCCCAUCCUUCAUCAGCAAGCGGCCCUUCUACGCAGGUGAAGAAGGCGACGGCACAGACUACCUCGAGCAUCAACGUCUACACAAGACCAAGGACGACCAAUCGAAAUGGUACGACCGCGGCCGCAAGCUCGGGCCAGCCGCAACCAAGUACCGCAAAGGAGCGUGCGAGAACUGCGGCGCGAUGACGCACAAAGCGAAAGACUGCCUGAACCGACCGCGCGCCAAAGGGGCAAAGUGGACGGGGAGGGACAUCCAAGCCGACGAGGUGGUGCAGGAGGUCGAGCUAGGCUGGGACGCCAAGCGCGAUCGGUGGAACGGGUACGAUCCGAAGGAGUACCGCCGCGUGGUGGAGCGGUACGAGCAGAUGGACGAUCUACGAAAUCAGGUCUCCGGCGUCUCGAAAGAUAAGGACGGGGAUGGCGAGGGUGAAGGCGAGGAAGAAGGCAAGGACACGGGUGAGAAGUACGCCGAGGAGUCUGAUAUGGGGAGGCACCAAAGCACGGCGACGCGGCAACUGCGUAUCCGUGAGGACACGGCGAAGUACCUACUUAACCUAGACCUCGAGUCCGCGAAAUACGACCCCAAGACACGGACAAUGGUCGACGCCGGCGCGACUGCGGAUAAAGCAGCAGCUCUAUUUGCCGAAGAGGGAUUCCUACGCGCAUCAGGCGACGCAGCUGAAUUCGAGCGAGCGCAGCAAUACGCGUGGGAGGCGCAAGAGAAAUCCGGCGACACUCGACAGCACAUGCAAGCGAACCCCACAGCUGGUGAAUACUACCGCAAGAAGGAGCGUGAGGAAGCCGAGCGCAAGAAACUAGAACGGCAAAAGGCUUUAGCGGAUAAGUACGGCGGCUCAACGCACGAGAUGCCCGCAUCGCUACGGGAAGCUGCGGUCACGGAAUCAGAGCAGUUCGUCGAGUACGACGAAUCCGGUCUAAUCAAGGGUGCGCCAAGAGCCAGUGCGAAGUCCAAGUACACCGAAGACGUGUUCAUCAACAACCAUACCUCAGUAUGGGGCAGCUGGUGGUCCAAUUUCAAAUGGGGUUACUCGUGCUGUCACUCCUUUAUUAAGAAUAGUUACUGCACGGGCGAGGAGGGCAAGCAGGCUUGGGAAGCGGCUGAGAAGCAAAGGAUAGGCGCUAAUUUGAUCGAAGAGGCUCCAGUUCAGGAGGAAGAGAAAACUGUUGAAGAAAAGGCAGAUGAGGCUGAACCACCACAGCAAGCCGGCAAGAAACGCACGAUAGAGGAGAUGAAGGGUGGUGUUUCGGAAGCCGAGCUUGACGAAUACCGCAGGAAACGAGCAGCGGCAGAUGACCCUAUGGCGAAGUUCUUAGGGAAGGAUGAGCUGGUUUGAUAGUACCACCUCAUAGGUGAGGUAGAUUACAUUAAUA